CCCCAGCCGCACCUUCUUCCUUCGUGCGCAGAUGCUUUUCACGCUUGAGCUGAAAAAAAUCCCCUCACGAUCCUGUAAGCCAUCAGCAUAGCCGUUUACAUCAAAGUCCUCCAUCCAAACCCCCACGCGCCAUAACGCACCUACGACACACACACACACACACACAUCCAUCCAUCCAUCAAAACACGCAUAGACAUUUAAUUCCACCACAUUUCACUAGACCAACCACAAUGGCGAGCUUCCCCACUUUUCUCAAGUCCCAGCUCUUCUACAAGCCCAGACUACCGGAGCCAGAAACAUUUGCUGGCAAGACGGUCAUCGUUACAGGCGCCAACACAGGUCUUGGCCUAGAAGCAACACGGCACUUUGUCCGCUGCGGCGCCACAACCGUCAUCAUCGCAUGCCGCACGCUCUCCAAAGGCGAAGCCGCCAAGCGCGACAUUGAGGAAAGCGAGAAGCGCAGCGGUGUGCUCCAAGUCUGGGAACUAGACCUCUCCUCGUACGCCAGCGUCAAAGCCUUUGCAAAGCGCUGCGAGACGCUCCCGCGUCUCGACGUCUGCGUCGAGAACGCCGGCAUAGCAACCGGCAAGUUCUCGCGCGCAGAAGGCCACGAAGCCCACAUCACCGUCAACGUGAUUUCCACAUUCCUGCUCGCACUGCUGCUCCUGCCCAUCAUGCGCAGGUCAGCCUUCUCAACGGGAACAACGCCCUAUCUCACCAUUGUCACAUCAGAGGUCCACCACUGGACUCAGCUGCCGCAGAAAAAGGAACCCAGCAUCUUUGCUGCGCUCGACGAUGAGUCAAAAGCAGACAUGGCAGACCGCUACAAUGUCUCCAAGCUGCUGGAGAUUCUCGCGCUCAGGUACAUGACUAGAGUGCUGAUUAAGGACCGUGCAAAGUAUCCCGUGGUCAUCAAUUGCGUUACACCGGGCCUGUGCAAGUCGGAUCUCGUCAAGGACAUGGGUAUGGCGCCUGUUGUGUUCAAGACGUUGUUGGGUCGCACAGUUGAGGUUGGCAGCCGCACGUUGGUUAACGCGGCGGCGCUACCUGAUAGCGCCGGCGAAUACAUCAUUGAUGAUCACGUGUCUGAGCCGUCGACGCUGGUUAUCAGUGAAGAGGGCGCAGAGUUAUCCAAGAGGGUUUGGUUCGAGUUGGCAGAUAUCUUGGAAAAAGCUUCCCCUGGAGUGACCCAGAACAUUACUGCCUAAACUUCUGAAUACACUGCGUACACAGUGUUGUGCCAGUAUGUUGCAGGCGUACUGUUUUGGGGACACGUGACUCUUAUCAUCGUAUGAUUGUCAGUGAGAUGUUUGGGGAACGGUACAGCGACAACACUGCGAUGGCAUGAAUUCUUCUUUCUUUCUUUUUCAUCUCUCAGUCUUUGUUCGGGUCUUGUAUUUCCGUUCUAUUCUUCUAUUUACCUGCUACCACAACCUCUCUGCUAAAAUGUUUCAUUGCGGAAAGGCGUCCUUGUUCACAUGAGGGAUAAUGAGAACAUACCUGGCUGGUAACUCAGCUCAAUUUAUGACAAAUCAAUUCUAACCAAAUGCUCUUGGUCGA